AUGCCGUCAAACGGCACGGAUUCGAGUCCCAAACUCGAUUUGGGCAAGCCCCAAUUCGCCAGCCAUGCAUGGCUCGAGCCUAUUGUCGUGGUUUGCAUUAUGCUCACCUCCCUUAUAAUCAACCGUCGACGAGGCUACCGAAUACUCGAUCGCGAACGAGGCGUUCACCCUCACGGCCACUAUUGCUGGACGACUCCUCAAGUGGCUCUGGCUCACGGCCGCCGUUCUGGCAUGAAGACGCGCUCAUGCUGCGGCUUGACCACCGUCUCCACACCAGACAACAGCCGCUUCGCCAACAAUGUCCACUCCCGAGUCCUGGCCAAGUUCCCCUUCCUCAUCGAGAUGUUUUACUGGGCCCUCAACUUCCUCACGUACGUCGCAACCAAAGCCAUCGCGUCCAACACCCUCUCUCGGGGCGGCUCCGUUUGGGACCUGGCCCAGAAACACGCCCUCCAGGUCCUCUGGGUCGAACACGAUUCCUUCCUUAGAUUGCUGUGGCCCGUCCACGAAGCCGAUUUCCAAGGCUGGUUCCUCUCCGGCCACGUCGGCCUCCUCACCGUGCUCAACCGCAUCUAUUCCCUCGUUCACAUCCCCGGCAGCGUUAGCUUCCUUGGCUGGUACUACUUCGCCGCACCCACCUUCACGCACUACUCCACCGUUCGACGCACCAUGACGCUAGGCAACUUCGCCGCCUUCUUCGUCUUCGCUUCCUGGCCGUGCAUGCCGCCGCGCCUCCUGCCCACCUCGUACGGCUUCCACGACACCGUUCGCCAAGACCACGCCGAAUCGGCCUUCGUCGGCGCAUCAUAUGUCAACGAACUCGCCGCUAUGCCAUCCCUGCAUUUCACGUACGCCUUCGUCACGGGCUGCACGUUCAUCUACCACUCCAGCAUCUUACCAUCUCCAUUCUCCUACAACAAGUCCAUCCUGGCGAAGCACAAGCGCUGGCCUGCGACGCGCCUGCUGUUCUUCUUCUUGGGGUUCUUCUACCCUGCGUUGGUCCUGACGGUAAUUGUUGCAACGGCAAAUCAUUACUAUUUGGACGCGUGUGUGGCGACGAUCACAGUGACGUUGAGUCUGUGCUUGAAUAAAAUAUGGUUCGUGCUGCUGCCGGCGGAGGACUGGUUUGCGUGGCUUUUGAGGGUUGAGAAGCCGAGACCGACGACGGGUGAUCGGUGGUGUGGUGCGGAUCCCAACUCGGGUUCGGGAGAAAGAGAAAGGAGUCGGGGCAGUGGAAGGUGGAAGGAGGUGGAUGAGCCUGAUUCUCUGGCCGGGUGUUGGAAUACCAUGUUUGAAACAUGUAGGAUAUAUCGUCCGCUUUGCACAUACCAGUUGCAAAUUGAGAAUGAUUCGGUCACCUACCUUGAGCCCAGAACAUCCUCGUCACGAACAGCAUGA